CAAUCUUCAUCUUCUAGAUAUGGUUGGCGGACACGACUCCAGCCGAGCAAGAGGCGUGGAUGUUCCUGGUUGCAUACCUUCAUCCCUAUGCCCAAAUGCUUCCACAGGUACUCGGGACCCUUUUCUGCUCAACCUGCGGCUGCCAUUACUUCUCUAGAAAGGGGAUAGCCUGUGCACCGGUAUACCUCUGGAUCAUGACAGCAAUCGAAAUCGUUCCUGCUCCAUCCAUGGCGGCCAUGGAACCAUCACCCAGCUUCUGCGCCAUGCGCACAUCGGAUCUCACUCGGCUGGUGACUGUGCCUGUGUGAAAUAGAUAUGGAUUACUAUGUCCUGGUUGUAGGGCUGCCAUGAAGUGUGGCAAGUACAUCAGUCGCCUAUUCAGUAUAGUCAUCGACUCUCUGCAAUGUCAUCUUCCUCCUCAUCACGACGCGGGCGAGCCAGAGCUAGCAGCAAUAGUACUCCGGACUUGCUUUGGGUCAAUCGGACCCCGGAGUCUGAGACCUUGUCAGCCACACGACAAGAACGAGAUGAACUCCGGACGAUCACCAGCCAUGCCAGACACUGGCGGGCUGCAUUGCGUCGACAACAGAGACUGUACAGCGCACAGAACGAAGCAAGCCGUGUGCAAAGCGUUGUCGGAUGGGGAAGACAAGGCAAUCCCUCAGAUACCAGCUCUGCAGAGACUUCAGCAGCACCUUCGCCUGCUCCACUGAACACCACGACUACCACCACUCCAGGAACUCCUUUUCCAUUCCUCGAAACGCCCGAUGAUGCAUGGUGGUCGCAGGCCAUGUUUGAAAAUGCCGUGAAUGUCUGGCUACCAUCCAUAUUUCAGAACCUGGAUGCUCUGGACGGGGCUAUAUCUCCGAAUUCGAUCGCUGACACAAUCAAUCGUAUUGUUCAGGGCUGUCGUGACAACCGAAUGCAUAUGUACUCUCUCCUUGCGGCUAGCAGCGGCUUCUUCAAAUUCGUGCUACAUCUCCAGCCGGACCGCAACGAUGCUCCAGAAUACUGCAUGAGUAAGGCACUUCAGUACUUACGACACCAUCUGUCCGCUCAAAGCCAGCCCGGGCCCCAAGUCGACGAAAUGUUGAUCUUCGAUCUGCUUGCCCUUUCUACAUUCGAACGGUACACCACAGCCUUCGAGGGUGCAAGGACGCAUCUCAACAUGGUCACCCACCUGGUGCAGAUGCUGGGUGGCAUAACCGCUCUUGAAGCACCCAUGCGAGCGCUAUAUCGAGUCUGGGAUCUUCAGGUCGCAGGGGGUAGCAGAGACACACCAUUCAUUGCUCUUGACUGGGACCCUGGACUACUACCGCAUGAACAAAUGCGUGAUGUUAUCCUCCCAGGCCUGGCUAGAAACGGUAUUGUCCCCAGUGGAGUGGCGUUGGUACAAUACGGGAGCAGGUUGGGUCCUGAUAUGCGGACAUUGGUCGUCGACGUGGCUCAGUGGUUUCAAGUGUUGCAGUACUGCCAUGUGACCAAUUUCUCACGAUCCGCAAUAGAGAGAUGGUCUGCGCAAAGAUCCUAUGCUCUUGUCCAUCGGCUGCUUGCUAUGCCACAUUUCGAUCCAGAAUCUCCUGGUGGAGCGCGUGGCCUAGUUUCGGAACGUCUUCGCCAGCUAUUUUUGCUCUUGAUAGCGGAUAUGGAAAGGACCCGAGCUGCAAGGUCAGCCUCUGCAAGGCCGACAAUACCCAUCGCAGACUCAUCAAGAUUCUCCUUCACAGACGUGAGUCGACUAGGAGCCUACUGGGGUCCGGAUACCGAAGGCACUCAACAAGGAGAUGUCCAAGACGAAGAGCUCAAGUUGUGGAUGGUUUAUCUAGACAUACAACUGGCGCAACGAGAUGAGGACCAACAGUGGUUCAUCGGUCUUGCCAGGAACAUGACUGCACGACUUGGUGUCGGGACAACUGAUCAUCUUGUACAGCUCAUGUCAAGGUACGUCCAUCGCUGUACGGUGACGGGCAUGCCAAAUAUCGAGAGGCUUGAGAAUUUGGUGGAAUAAGGCUGGAUUCCAUGUCGCCCAUAACUCCUACAUGUUGCGAUGAUAACGUCCAAGCAUGAAGCCUGUGAGUCUGAGAGCUUUCAAGAAUCUGUCUACUGUGACAGUCAAGAAAUGGGAAUGUUACUGAAGAAAGACUGUACACGCCGAGGAUUGUAGUCGGAGUUACUUUGCUGAAUUCACAUUGAUACCCUAGGGAACAUGUACCCGAGUUUUCAAAACAGUCAUUUUUCAGUUCACUACUUAUAGAAUAUAUACACAUUCG